AUGGGGAGCAUAUUUGCAGACUUCCAGCAGGCCCAGAGGGUCGGCGAUGGUCGUCUCCUGGCCUCCUGCCUUGCCCCUAUAGACACUGCCCGCGACCCUCAUCGACUACAAUCAUUUGCCCAGCUGUCCAACUACCAGACAAUCACAGCCGACGUUCGCUAUCAUCUGAUACAAGCGCCGAAUGCAGUGGGACUACCCAAGGCGGAAGCCAAUGCGUGGGUGGACAUCUUCGUCGCUCUGUGGAAGACCGUGAAAGAACUGGUCGGGCUACGGCAAGGCAACGGCACAGGAGACUGGGUUCGGGCAUUUGACGCGUACAAGGAACUAUGCAACUUUCUGGUCAGAGGCUACACCAACUUUGGAUUCCAGUCAUGGACUGUACCAUGUCUCUACGUCGCAGGCAAGUAUAUUCGCAUGAUAGCCAUGAAGGCAGACAGUGAGGGCAGAGCGAAAGACGCCAACGGAGGCACUGCCUUCGCCAACGGAUUUUCCGACGACAUCAUCAGCGAUGUGAACAAACACGAGAAACUCGAACAGGCGGCUUGGACCAUCAACCGCAUGUUCACAGUCUGCUUGAGCGACCGGUCCGAAUUGGCCGAGUCGCGGAAAUGGGGCAUCUACAGCACCACCAACCUGCUGUUCAAGACAUACUUCAAGCUCAACUCCAUUUCGCUGACCAGGAAUGUCAUCCGCGCUCUGGAAGCCGCGUCAGCCGACCUGCCUCCUUUGGAGCUCUUCCCGAAAUCCCACCGGUGCACGUUCAAAUACUACCGAGGAGUCAUCGAUUUCUUGCAGGAGAAUUACACGGACGCCGAGAUGCAUCUGACCGAGGCGCUGAGUCUAUGCCACAAGGACUCGCUCAAGAACCAGGAACAGAUUCUGACAUAUCUGAUCCCGGCACAUGUGGUGAAUCACCAUCAGCUGCCUAACCGUGCCUUGCUGGCCCCACAUCCAUCUCUCUCCAGGAUAUUCACACCGUUGUUUGAUGCCGUGCGCACUGGAUCCCUGGCGGCCUUCGACGAGGCCCUCACAUCCGCCGAACCGGAGCUGGUCAAGCGCCGUGUCUACCUUACCCUCGAGCGGACGCGCGAUAUCUGCACGCGAAAUCUGUUCCGCAAGGUGUUCCUAGCUGCAGGCUGGGAAGAGACCAAAGACCCGGCGACAGGCGAAGUGGCGGGCAGGAUUCGCAGGACGAGGAUCCGGAUCGAGGAGUUCGAGGCCGGCAUGCGUGUCGGCUACAAGGGCGCCAAGGAUGUCAUGAUCGAGAGGGACGAGGUCGAGUGUUUCCUUGCCAACAUGAUCUAUAAGAACAUGAUGAAAGGCUACAUCGCUCGCGACAGAGGCAUUGUCGUUCUCAGCAAGGCUGGCGCCUUCCCCGGCACUGGUGUUUGA